AUGCAACACACACAAGCGACGUCCGCGUACAACGACGUGAAGUUCACCUCCUCGAAGGACAACGACACCACCGCAAACGGCUUUUCUCAUCACACGGGAAGUACUCGCCUCGAACUGAAACGAAUAAUCAAACCAAAGUUAUUGGAUUUCGAAUACGCGUUGUGGCAGAUGCGCUUGCUUCUCACCCACGGGCCGAAGAAAAUCUACCGGCACUGCGAGUACAGGAAACAAACGAAAAACCAAUGGGCGAGAGACGACCCGACGUUUUGCGUUUUGUCGUGCAUUUUUGUCGCUCUGUGUGCGAUUGGGUAUUGUUUUAUGUACGAGACGAGAGGGAUUGUGAGAGGGUUGUGGGUGAUUACGUCGGCCGUGUGUUUCGAUUAUAUCGGGUGCGGGUGCGCGAUCGCGACGGCGUAUUGGUUCUUGGCGAACAGGUUUAUGACGACGAGAACGAGAAGAGGAGGGAGUAAAAAUAGCGAUGGAAGUAGUAUGAGUAGUAAUAAUAACGUGGAAUGGCUGUUCGCGUUCGACGUGCACUGCAACUCGUUCGUGCCGCUGUUUGUCGCGUUGUACCUCGGGCAGUUGAUUUUGAGCCCGCUGUUAUCUCAGAGAGGGUUUAUUUGCGCGUUGUUGAGCAACAUUUUGUACGGGUUGAGUUUGAGUUAUUAUCACUACUGCCAGUUCGUUGGGUUUAACUCGUUGCCGUUUUUGGAGCGGACGGAGUUUUUGUUGUACCCGGUGGUUGGUUUAGUUUUGUUAGCGAUUCCGCUGAGCGCGAUGCAGUUCAACCCGACGAGGUGGGUGUUAAGUUGGUAUUUCGGCCCCGACGUUUUGAAGUAA